AUGAGCUCUUCUACAAAGGCCAACUCCUUCCUCUCCACCUCUCCCACCGCCUCUCUAUGGUCCGCACCCUAUUUCUCUCCUCCUUCAGUACCUCCUCCGACACCACCACCACUGCCUCUCGCGACUUCGCCACCAAUACCACCACCGACUGCUACUUUUUCCGACCCAACUCCGUCGCCGAAAACGAUGAAUUCAAAUGCCCCAACACCACCUUCCACCACCAUAACCAGAUCAAAAAGCCCAAGUGCUUAUCUCUCUAGAUUCUCCUCUGUUUUUCGCAAAUCCCGUGACUCUGACGAUAACCCAUCUAGGUCCUUCAUCAAACGUAUAAGCGUAACAGCCAAGGACGACGAUGGACUGUGUGGACAAUACGGGCGCGAAGAAUCUGUACAUCAUAUCAGUGAAGUGUAUCCAGGAGAGGCUGAAUUUGUUGCCUUCUGCUUGCGUCGGAGACAUGGUGAUAGCCACCUUGAAGAAUGA